UGUGCCAUUUCCGCCUUUUAGCGGAAAUUCAGCUUCCCUCUCCAUUCUCUCUGGAGUUGGACUUUGUGGCUGUGAAGGUUGGUGGAAGGAUUAAAGAGGAGUGAGCGGGGCUCUGGGAAUCCAGGGGAGCAAGACAGGUGUCCACCUAUGUGGGGGAAGCAGAAAUGGUGUACUUCAGGGCAGCGGAACCUGACGUGAAGGUGCGGGCCAUGGGUCCGAGCUGGGUUUGGAGGCGACACGAGGCCGGUCCACGGGUCCAGUGCUGCAGAAAAGUCCUUUUCAGCCUUGCUCUUCGGGAUUGCUUUGGCAGAAGACGUGCUCCCAGAUUGUUUAUGAUACAAGCAAUUUAAGACAUAGUUUACUGAUGUGCAGACAGUUGUCUCAGAACCAGCAAUCUCACCUGAGAGUCCUCCAGUGGAUUGUGCUUUUGAAAAUUUAGGGCAUGGUGUCAUUUGAAGAUGUGGUGGUGUACUUCACCUGGGAGGAGUGGCAGAACUUGGAUGAUGCUCAGAGGACUCUGUACAAGGACGUGAUGUUGGAGACCUACAGCAACCUGAUGUCACUGGGAAACUGCAUCACCAAACCUGAUGUGAUCUUUAGGCUGGAGCAAGGAGCAGAGCCAUGGAUAGUAGACAGACUCCCAAACCAGAUCCUCCCAGAUUUCAAGAAAACAGAUGACCAAAUUGAGAGAAACCAGAAAAGUCAAGACAGACAUUUUCAGCAGUUUGUAAUCAACAGUAACACAUCAGCUGUGGAGAUUGGUGAAUUAGAGAAAAUAUCUAAUUUGAAUUCAAACCAUAUUUCCAAAAUGAUUAUGAAGAGUAGAAACUGUUCAGUACUGAUGUCUGAGGAGUUGGAUAUACAUCUAAACAUGCCUUCUGAUGAGCCUGGUGAGAUGUGUGAUACAGAGAAGUCUAUGGCUGUUAAAACAACUGGGAGACUCCUGAGAGUUUCAGAUAAUCUUAGUCAACAUCCUGGAAUACAGACAGGGCAGCAGGACAUUGAAGGUAGUAGACAAGAGAAAACAUUCAGUAGGGAGGCAAUGUUAAAACAUAAGAUUCAUAAUGGAGAGGCCUGUAAAUACAGUAAACAUAGAAAAACCUAUAAAUCAGCUAUCCUUCAUAAAGAGAUAACUCAGGUACAGAAGAAAACUUUGUAUAAAAAGUUUAAUCCCAGGAACUGGCAAGUGGAGCUAGGGAAGAAAUUCUAUGAGUGUAGUGAAUGUGAGAAAACUUUCAUAACCAGGUCAGAUCUAAUAAUACAUCAGAAGAUACACAGAGUGAGAAAACCCUAUGCGUGUAAUGAGUGUGAGAAAUCUUUCAGGUUUAAGUCACGCCUUAUUAUCCAUCAAAGAAUUCACACAGGGGAAAAGCCUUAUGGAUGUAAUGAAUGUACAAAAACUUAUAUCCAGAAGUCAAAACUCAGUGAACACCAGAGAACUCACACUGGAGAGAAACCCCAUGAAUGUAAUGAAUGUGGGAAAACUUUUUACAAAAAGUCAGUCCUCACUGUACAUCAAAGAAUUCACCAAACAGAGAAACUCUAUGAAUGUAAACAAUGUAGAAAAACUUUCAAUCAUAAAUCAGGCCUUAUUGAACACCUCAGAACUCAUACAGGGGACAGACCCUAUGAAUGUAAAGACUGUGGAAAAAGUUUUUACCGUAAAUCAAAUCUCAGCACGCAUCAGAAGAUUCACACAGGUGUGAAACCAUAUGAAUGUGAACAGUGUAGGAAGUCUUUCCGUGAGAAGUCACAACUUACUGUACAUCAGAAAAUUCACAUAGGUGAGAAACCAUAUGAAUGUAAUGAAUGUAAAAAAACUUAUACAGAGAAAUUAAGCCUCAUUUUACAUCUAAGAAGUCAUAAAAUCGAGAAUCCCUAUAAAUGUAAAGAAUGUAAGAAAAGUUAUACACGCAAGGCAGGCCUCAUUUUACAUCAGAGGAGACAUAAAGGUGAGAAGCCCUAUGAUUGUAAAGAAUGUAGGAAAUCCUUCUGCCAUAAAUCAACCCUUAUAAUCCAUCAGAGAAGUCACACAGGGGAAAAGCCUUAUAGAUGUAAUGAAUGCACAAAAUCCUUUGUCCAGAAGUCACGUCUUAGUGUUCAUAAGAGAACACACACUGGAGAGAAACCCUAUGAAUGUAAUGAAUGUGGGAAAACUUUCAUCUCAAAGUCACACCUAAAUGGACAUGAAAAAACUCACAAAAAUGAGAAGGAAUAUGAAUGUAAAGAAUGUAGAAAAACUUUCUACCAGAAGUCAUGCCUUGUUGAACACUUGAGAACUCACACAGGGGACAGACCUUAUGAAUGUAAAGAAUGUGGGAAGAGCUUUUACCGGAAAUCAAAUCUCCGCACACAUCAGCGAAUUCACACUGGUGUGAAACCAUAUGAAUGCGAACAGUGUGGGAAGUCUUUUCGUGAGAAGUCACAACUUACUGUCCAUUUGGAAACCCACACUAUUGGGAAACCCUAUGAAUGCAAGGAAUGUAAGAAAACUUACAAACGGAAGUCAGGCCUCAUAUUACAUCAGAGCAGUCAUAAAGGUGAGAAACGCUAUGAAUGUAAGGAAUGUAGAAAAUCUUUCUACUAUAAGUCACUGCUUACACCCCAUCAGAAAACCCAUAUAGUGGAAAAGCCUUAUCGAUGUAAUGAAUGUGCUAAAACCUUUUUGUAUAAGUCACAGCUCAUUGCGCAUCAGAGAACCCACACUGGAGAGAAACCCUAUAAAUGUAAUGAAUGUGGGAAAACCUUCAGCAAAAAGUCAUACCUUAGCAAGCACCUCAAAACUCACAAAAGAGAGUAAUCCUGUAUAGCAGAGACUGGCUGCAUAUUGUCUAAACUUCAUUGUUUUUUUCCUUUUCAACAAAGCUUGUACUUCUCGGUCUCCUUUUCAUGUGUUUGGGCCCAUGUAAUUGAGCUCUGUUUAAGAGAAUAUAAACAGAUGUCAUGAACAUUAUUACCAAGUCUGGCAACAACAAUGAGAACACAACUGUUCAUAACAUCCUUUCUAAUUUCUUAUACCCACUUGGACUGAAGUAUAACUGACACCUUUGAUGGUCUUGUGAGCCAUAUGUAGUAGAAUGCCACCAAAAUUUGACACAGAAGAAAUUGGUUGGAGGAAACAGAUCUUCCCAACUCUUUCCAAAGUUCUCCAUUUUUACUUUAUGUGAGAAAUACCUACUCUGUUGAGUUGUAUUUGUGAUCUGUUUUCAUUACAACACAAACAGACCACUGUGCCUAAUCCACAUAAAAACUUCCAAAUGUA